GGGUGUUGUGGAUAUAAUUUUCUUGUAAGAAAUAGAACAACAGAUCAGAUCAGAUCAAAACAAGAACAAGUCAACUGAUAUAAUUCAAUAGCAUUGGAGUAUUUGGGUGCUGUUUCGAUCAACUAUUUUGAGUCAUCUUCGAAAAUCGCUUGCCAAGAAAAAAUUGUAGGAUCCGUGUACCUCUAAUGGAUUCUUCUUCAACUUCAUUCAUUAAGGAAAGCUACCGGUAUGAUGUGUUUUUGAGUUUUAGUGGAGAAGACACUCGUAAGAACUUCGUGGAUCACCUUUAUGAUGCUCUUCAGCGACACAGUAUUCACACUUUCAAGGACGACGAGAGACUCAAACAAGGAAAAAGAAUCAAUGAUCAACUUUUGAAUUCAAUUGAAGAGUCAAAGCUGUUCAUCAUAGUUUUCUCAAAGAAAUAUGCAUCUUCGUCUUGGUGCUUAAACGAACUUGUAAAGAUUAUGGAGUGCCAAAAUUCAAACAACCAGAUUGCUUACCCUGUUUUCUACGAUGUGGAUCCCUCUGAAGUUCGCAAACAACAUGGUCAAGUUGGAGAAUCGCUUGCCAAGCAUACCAACAAAGAGACCGGGAAAUGGAGAAAAGCUCUCACAGAAGCAGCCAAUUUGUCUGGGUGGGAUAUGAGGAACACUGCUAACGGGCAUGAAGCCAAAGUCAUUAAGUUAAUAAUUGAGCGGAUCUCACAUAAGUUACGAUCCAUUAAUGUGAACCUUGAUGAUAAAUUAGUUGGCAUGGAACCCCGGCUAAAGGACCUUGAGAAGUCUUUAGAUAUAUUGUCGAACGAGGUUCGCAUGAUAGGUAUCAAGGGGAUGGGAGGUGCUGGUAAGACUACGCUAGCCAGAGCUGUGUUUGAUAGAUUAUCAGCUCACUUUGAAGCUAAAUGCUUUGUUGAGAAUGUAAGGGAAGUUUCAAAAGCGUCGUUGUCCGGUUUGUUGUCGUUGCAACAACAGAUCCUUUCAGACUUGAUAAAUGAUCAAGGCAACAACGUACGUAGUGUCCAUGAUGGGACAAACAUGUUGAAAACAAAGAUGCGUGGUAGAAAGGUUCUUUUGGUUUUAGAUGAUGUGGAUCAUCAAGAGCAACUUGAGUCAUUAGCUGGUGACCUUAAUUGGUUCAAGUCUGGAAGUAGAGUUAUCAUUACAACAAGAGAUGAGCAAAUGUUGAUAGCACAUAGAGUAAAAUGGAUUCAUGAUGUCAAUCUAUUAUCAGAUAAUGAGGCGAUUGCCCUCUUUUGUAAGCACGCAUUUGGGAAAGAUCUUCCAAUUCAAGAGUAUGAAAAGGAAUCACUACAAGUUGUAAAAUAUGCUGCUGGCCUUCCCUUAACAAACAAAGUUUUGGGUUCAUUUUUGUGUGGUAAAGACAAGCAUGAAUGGAUAGACGCCUUAGCAAGACUCAAAAGAAUUCCAUUGAAAGAGACUCUUGAAAAAUUGAAAUUAAGCUAUGAAAGUCUUGUGGAUGAUUACAAGGAAAUAUUCCUAGAUGUUGCAUGCAUAUUGAAGGGGUAUGAGGAAAAGGAAGUAAUAAGUAUCCUUGAAAGUUGUGGAUUUCGUGCUAGAAUUGGAUUAAGAGUUCUUGAACAGAGAUCUCUAAUAACUUUUCAGAGAUCUCUACUACUAACUUUUGAUGAUGAUCUUUACGUGAGCAUGCAUGACCAUAUUGAAGAAAUGGGAAAAAAUAUUGUACGUUGUUUGCACCAAGAUGAGCCCAAAAAACAUAGCAGAUUAUGGAUUCAGGAAGAAAUUGAAGAUGUAUUGCAUAAUGACUUGGGUUCUGAAGCGACAAGGUGUAUACGUCUAAAGCUCACCCCUGAUAUUGUUUUGGAAGGUCUUGGAAACAUGAAGAAACUUAGAUGCCUUAUUGUCGUUCAUAGACAUGAGGAUAAGGAUCGUGAUGACCUUGUGAAGAUUGAUGAAGUUGGUCAGUACUUCCCAAAUUCAUUACAGUACUUGAAAUGGCACUAUUACCCUCAUUGGUGUUUACCCAAAACCUUUCAAGCAAAUAAUCUUGUUGAGCUUCACAUGUGUGACAGCAGAAUCAAACAACUUUGGGUGGGGGGAAAGGUUCUUAAGAAGCUCAAAUCCAUUACAUUGCGCUCCUCAAAGUUGAGGACCCUUGACCUUGAGUUGACUCCAAAUCUUGUGACGCUAGAUCUUACAUGUUGUUUUGAUUUGGUAGAACUUCAUGUGCCAGUUGGAUGUUUAAAAAGGCUUACGUACCUAAGCCUCUAUCGGUGUGAGAGGUUGAAAUCUGUUUCGUUUAUCAAGGAUUUGGAAUCACUUGAGAAUCUUAGUGUAGGUGGCUUGCAUCUAAAGGUAUUCCAGGACAUAAUCCUGUGCCACCCCAAUAGUAAUUUGCAGGUGCUUGAUUUUGGUGACAAUGAUAUAGAAAACCUACCUUCAUCAAUUGGAAAUCUUCAUAAGCUUGUUGAUCUAUCAUUCAAUGGGUGCAGAAAACUCAAAAGUCUUCCGGAAAGCAUUUGUAGCUUACAACAUUUAAGAGUUCUUGACCUUUCAGGUUGUGGCAUAGAGGAAUUUCCUGAGGGCAUUGGCCAGUUGGAGUCUUUAGAAAUUCUAGGCUUAACAAAUUGCCUGAUGAAUUGCUGAGCCACAUCAAGACAAACCGAGCCAUCUCGGUUUUAAAACUGAGCCAAGCUUGAGCUCAAUUUCCCAGCUUAGUUUCAAAUCCGAGCCCGGGCUAGCUGUGGUUUGUGAAAUGUGAACAGAACUGAGUCUGUGAGCUAAGGUCUAGUAUAUUCAUGAACCUAAAACAACACCUGUUUCCAUAGUUUCUGGUUGUUUUUUUUUUUUUAAGUUUGCUAAUUUGAUGUAAAUACCAAAUUAGAUUCAUGAGGGUUUGAAGUCUAUUCAUGAUAAAACAUGAGGAUCUGUGUUUUAAUAUCAUGUGUAAUGUUUUAUCGAGUUUGAAA